AUGUGGUUCAACAAACGUUCCUCGCCCAUCGCUGCCCUCCUACUCACUGCUCCAUCAUUAUCCGCCGCUUUUUAUCUUCCCGGAGUAGCGCCUACCUCCUACGAUGAAGGUCAAUCGGUACCACUCUAUGUCAACCAUCUUACGCCCGGCCUAGCGCAGCAGGAUGAACAGCUCCAUUCCGUCUUCUCCUAUGACUACUAUCACCCGGCGUUUCAUUUCUGUACACCCCCCGAAGGUCCCAAGGAUGUACGCGAGUCACUGGGAAGCAUCCUGUUCGGAGACCGCAUCCAGACGUCGCCUUUCGAGCUGCACAUGGGCAAGAACGAGACCUGUAAGGCUGUCUGCGGCCCGGCAUCGUUCGAUGCCCGCAGCGCCAAGUUCGUCAACCGUCGAAUCCAACAAGGAUACAACAUCAACUGGCUGGUAGAUGGUCUUCCUGGGGCGCAGAUUAACAUGGAGGCCGUGACGCAGACCAAGUUCUACAGCCCCGGGUUCGCUUUGGGAUCGAUCAACGAUGAGGGACAGCCGGUCUUGAACAACCACUUCGAAAUCCUGAUCGAGUACCACCGUGUCGGCUAUGGAAAUCAGGACAAGUACCGUGUUGUUGGCGUGCUCGUGCAGCCGGAGUCCCGGCGCAACUCCAUGGUCUCGGAUGAUGGUACCGCCCAGUGCGAUGGCGACGGUGUCGGCAUCACCUUGAGCGAGGAGGGCGAGACUGCGGUGACAUGGACAUACAGUGUGUACUGGCGUGAGUCGCCCACCGCAUGGGCCACUCGUUGGGACAAAUAUCUUCAUGUCUAUGAUCCGAAGAUUCAUUGGUUCUCCUUGAUAAACUCGGCCGUGUUCGUGGUCUUCCUGGUCGCGAUGGUGAGCAUGAUCUUGGUUAGGGCUCUGAAGAAAGAUAUCGCCCGGUACAACCGUCUGGACAUGAUCAACCUGGACGACUUUGACAGCACGUCCGCGGCGGUGGAAGACGGUAUUCAGGAGGAUUCAGGCUGGAAGCUAGUGCACGGAGAUGUGUUCCGGUGCCCCAAGUCCCCGCUGCUUCUGAGUGUGCUUGUCGGUAACGGAGCUCAACUUUUCAUGAUGACGGGGGUGACUGUUGUUUUUGCUCUCUUUGGACUUCUCUCCCCCGCGAACCGUGGCUUCCUGGCCACUGCAAUCCUUCUGAUAUAUACGCUUUUCGGCUUCAUUGGCGGCUACGUAUCGGCCCGAGUCUACAAAUCGCUGGGCGGCGAUGCCUGGAAACGCAACAUUAUUAUGACUCCAGUGCUGGUUCCCGCACUUAUUUUCGGCGUGUUCUUCCUUCUGAACCUGUUCGUUUGGGCUAAGGGAUCAAGUGGUGCUGUGCCCUUCGGCACUAUGCUUGCCCUGGUCCUGAUCUGGUUCGUGAUCAGCGUGCCGCUAAGUGUUGCGGGAAGCUGGCUGGGAUUUAAGCAACGUGGUCCCACUAAGACCAACCAGAUCCCCCGCCAGGUUCCUCCGAUGACGGGAACGCUGCGUACUGUUCCCUCUCUGCUGUUGACCGGUAUCCUUCCCUUCGGGGCGAUUUUCGUGGAGCUCUACUUUAUCAUGACCUCGCUGUGGACAAACAAGAUCUACUACAUGUUCGGUUUCUUGUUCCUCUGCUACGGGCUGAUGGUUAUCACAUCUGCUGCCACGACUGUGCUGCUGGUGUACUUCUUGCUGUGCGCUGAAAACUACCGGUGGCACUGGCGGGCGUUUGCCGGUGCGGGAAUGACCGGUGGGUAUGUAUUCCUGAACGCACUUCUGUUUUGGAUCACCCGGGUCAGCUUUGGUGGUCUCACCGGCGCGGUGUUGUAUGUCGGCUACUCCGCUCUCAUCGGAUUUAUCGUCUUCAUUCUGACAGGAUCCAUUGGAUUUUUCGCCAGCUGGGCGUUCGUGCAGCGUAUCUACGGCUCCAUCAAAGUCGAUUAA